GGAGGGGGCAGGCUGAGCAGGCGCCCGUCACGGAGGUCCUGGGGCUUGUUGGCAGCGCUGUUGCAGUGGGGGUAGCGCGGCCAUGCCGACUACACAGCAGUCUCCUCAAGAUGAGCAAGAGAAGCUCUUGGAUGAAGCCAUUCAGGCUGUCAAAGUCCAGUCUUUCCAAAUGAAGCGAUGCUUGGACAAAAACAAGCUGAUGGAUGCCUUAAAACACGCCUCAAACAUGCUUGGUGAGCUACGGACCUCCAUGUUGUCUCCGAAGAGCUAUUACGAGCUCUACAUGGCCAUUUCCGACGAGCUGCAGUACCUAGAGGUGUAUCUGACAGACGAAUUUGCCAAGGGAAGAAAAGUGGCGGAUCUCUACGAGUUGGUUCAGUAUGCUGGAAACAUCAUCCCGCGGCUCUAUUUGCUAAUCACUGUUGGGGUUGUCUACGUGAGGUCCUUCCCUCAGUCCAGGAAGGAUAUCUUAAAAGAUCUGGUAGAAAUGUGUCGGGGGGUCCAGCACCCUCUAAGGGGCCUGUUUCUUCGCAACUACCUCCUCCAGUGCACCCGGAACAUCCUGCCUGAUGAUGGAGAGCCGACAGAUGAAGAAACCACGGGGGACAUCAGUGACUCCAUGGACUUCGUGCUGCUGAACUUUGCCGAGAUGAACAAGCUCUGGGUGCGAAUGCAGCACCAAGGCCACAGUCGGGACCGCGAGAAGAGGGAACGCGAGAGGCAGGAGCUGAGGAUCCUGGUGGGGACCAACUUGGUGCGUCUCAGUCAGCUGGAAGGCGUCAACGUGGAGAGAUACAAGCAGAUCGUCUUGACUGGCAUAUUGGAGCAAGUUGUAAACUGCAGGGAUGCGUUAGCUCAGGAGUACCUUAUGGAAUGUAUCAUACAGGUCUUCCCAGAUGAAUUUCACCUCCAGACCUUGAAUCCUUUUCUACGAGCAUGUGCAGAGUUACACCAAAACGUGAAUGUGAAAAAUAUCAUUAUUGCUUUAAUUGACAGGCUCGCGCUUUUUGCUCACCGAGAGGACGGACCAGGCAUCCCUGCUGAUAUUAAGCUCUUUGACAUUUUCUCCCAGCAGGUGGCUACUGUCAUACAGUCUAGGCAAGACAUGCCUUCGGAAGACGUGGUGUCUCUGCAAGUCUCUCUUAUCAACUUGGCCAUGAAGUGCUACCCGGAUCGCGUCGACUACGUCGACAAAGUGUUGGAGACGACGGUGGAGAUCUUUAACAAGCUGAACCUGGAGCAUAUCGCUACGAGCAGCGCCGUUUCAAAGGAGCUGACGAGGCUCUUGAAGAUCCCUGUUGAUACCUACAACAAUGCCCUUACCGUCUUGAAACUGAAACAUUUCCACCCCCUCUUCGAGUAUUUCGACUAUGAGUCCAGGAAGAGCAUGAGUUGCUAUGUUCUUAGCAAUGUGCUGGAUUACAACACAGAAAUUGUCUCGCAAGACCAGGUGGACGCCAUCAUGAACCUCGUCUCAACGCUGAUUCAGGACCAGCCGGAUCAGCCGGCUGAAGAUCCUGAUCCUGAAGAUUUUGCCGACGAACAAGGCCUUGUGGGCCGGUUUAUUCACCUCCUUCGCUCAGACGACCCCAACCAACAGUAUCUGAUUUUAAACACUGCCCGGAAACACUUUGGCGCGGGUGGAAACCAACGCAUCCGUUUCACGCUGCCGCCGUUGGUUUUCGCUGCCUACCAGCUCGCAUUUCGCUAUAAGGAGAAUUCUAAAGUGGAUGACAAAUGGGAAAAGAAAUGCCAGAAGAUCUUCACGUUUGCACACCAGACAAUCAGCGCUUUGAUCAAAGCUGAGCUGGCAGAACUUCCCCUCCGGCUCUUCCUCCAAGGGGCUUUGGCAGCAGGGGAAAUCGGAUUUGAGAACCACGAAACGGUGGCUUAUGAAUUCAUGUCCCAGGCAUUCUCUCUGUACGAAGACGAAAUCAGCGAUUCAAAAGCGCAGCUGGCCGCAAUCACCUUGAUAAUUGGCACGUUUGAGAGAAUGAAAUGCUUUGGCGAGGAAAACCACGAGCCGCUGAGGACUCAGUGCGCCCUGGCCGCCUCCAAAUUGCUCAAGAAGCCGGACCAAUGCCGGGCCGUCAGCACCUGCGCCCAUCUCUUCUGGUCUGGCCGGAACACGGACAAGAACGGAGAAGAGCUUCACGGAGGAAAACGAGUCAUGGAAUGUUUGAAGAAAGCAUUAAAGAUAGCCAAUCAGUGCAUGGACCCGUCUCUUCAAGUCCAGCUCUUCAUCGAGAUCCUGAACAGAUACAUCUAUUUUUAUGAGAAGGAGAAUGAUGCGGUGACAAUUCAGGUUUUGAAUCAGCUUAUACAAAAAAUCCGGGAAGACCUUCCCAACCUCGAAUCGACCGAGGAAACGGAACAGAUUAACAAACACUUCCACAACACGCUGGAGCACUUGCGGUUGAGGAGAGAGUCGCCGGAAUCUGAGGGGCCGAUGUACGAAGGGCUGGUCAUUUAAAAGAAGGGCCUCCGUCGGCGCACAACCACUGUAAUCAACUCAAUCGUCUUUCCAUUUGCAACACAGUACAGGAGGGGGGGUUUUCCGUUUGUUUUUUUUAAUGAUGAUGAUGAUGCUAGAGUUCAUAGAUUUGUGCCUUUUGGAAGUGCCAAGUUAGGCUUGUCUGUUCAUCCUUCUCUUUUGUGCAGAGGCGCAUUGUGUUCAGGGCCUGCUGAAUUCUACCAAAUUUUCCUGCCGUUCGGACCAGCAGUUUCAUAGAUACCAUCGGAACGUUAGCAUGACUGGAGCCAUUCUUCUGUAGGAUUCAUGUGAUGUGCAGCUGUGUCUCUUACCUCCCGCUCCCUUGCAUUCUAAUUUCUUUUUGCUGAGUCCCCCCCCCCCUCACCGCCCCCCCCCCCCCCCAUGCCGCCUCCAGACCUUUAACGUCUAACCUGGCUUUCCAUCUGCAAGUGUUAUAGAUGUGUGUGUGGGUUUUAUUUUUACAAGGGGGAAAAAGUCAUUCUCUUCUCUGCUGGAUCAUGCUUCCUCGGUUUUUGUUUUUAACUCAAGGCUAUUUCAGAUUCCCGCAACCACCCGACAGCCCCACCCACCUUAGAAUAUAUUAUUGCAUGUUUUCAGAGUUGUAAAGCACCGUGCUCAAAACAAACAAAGUCAAAAUCCAGAAUCUAUAUUUUGCAUAUGGAAGCUCUGUGACACUCAUUGAAGGGCCAGUAAGGCUCACAGAGCAUAUUUAUCCAGAUAAUUUUGUUUCCACAUAGUAUUAAGAAAAACAAAGCAAAACUAAUAGAUCGUGGUCUAUAUAGUAUAUGUAUAACCUGCAUUACUGUAAAAUUAGGGGAGAAACACAUUACACCGUUCUACUCUUUAUCAUGAGUUUGCACCAGUGAAACAAUAAAGUUGCUAUUAACA